AGUGCUGCGAAAGGCCUCUAAUAGUUGAUUCUGCCUAGAGUGAUUAACUAGCAUUGGUUAGACUGUAUCAGCUUGACACCUCGUUCCUUUAACUCCCCCCAUCCUCAAUUCCUCAUGAAUCCCUUUUUCAACGCAUCAACGCAUUGAGUCCGACAUGGACGAAAGAACGCCUCUCCUUCCGAGUCAAAAUGAACUCAACGACGAGGAUACUACCACAACGCGACCAACAUGGCCCUCAAGAAUUGUCACCAUCCUCAUCUGGUCGUCCGCCAUCACCUCCGCCGUGACCUUCCUGUACAGCCUCACCGUCUACCUGGUCGUGAAACUCUCCCCUUAUUACGACUUUCUCCCCUGGGAAAUGGAAGAUUCCAUCGAGGCCUUGCUCCCUCUGAGCUUCCUAUGCGCGGUCGCCAGUUUGUUCGGCAUCUUCAAACUGACCGUCCAGAACACCGGCGCAUGGCUCCUUGUCAACUUCAUCUUCGAUCCCUUGAUCGUUUUCUUCUUCUUGCUCAACCCAGUUCUUAGUGGCCCUGCGAUUGUAAUCUGGGGACAAUGCGAUGACUAUCGUCGGGGGUUUCCAGCUCCAGGGUUCGAGGCGAGAUGUGACAGGUUUGCGGACGCGAUCAAGGCGGUGAUACUUGUCGGGCUUGUGUUUGAGACGGUCAUCAUGUAAGUUUCAUUAUUUGUUGUUUGUGCAAGCUGAUUGUUGUCUAGGACUCUACAUCUGGUCUUUUUCGUCUGCGAUGUGGUGCUGGGGGUUAAGAGACUCAGCCAGUACAGCAG